GAGGCGGGCCGGCGGAGCGAGAUCAUGUGUAGUCCACGCGCCGAAAGUAGGUUACAGACGCAGAGCUCGAGAGUCCAUCAGGGAGGCGAAGUGCAAGCAGCGUUGCUCUAUCACAGAAGACUUACGUGUGUGUAUUGGUACAUAUAUAUGUAUUUGCCCUGUCAGCCGACUUUAUAAGUACAGCCCGGAAGAAAACAGGAAAAGGAAAACGCCGCUUAAUGGGCACAUUCUUCUCGUGUUGCGUUUUUUCGUUUUUCUUCAUCGGUCGGUGCGGACAAGCGGUUGUCGAAAACAUAUGAGGAUCUGUUGUUUCGCGGUUUCCAACGGCUCCUUUCUUGGGAGCGAAAAAGCCCCACGUUGCAUUCAGUUUUAUUUCAGUAUUUUUUUCUUUUAGCUCCACUUCCAUCUGGAGUUGUAUGACUCGAAGAUAGCAACCUUCAGCGUCAACAUGAGAGCUCAAAUAGAAGUGAUUCCCUGUAAGAUCUGUGGGGACAAAUCAUCAGGGAUCCACUAUGGUGUCAUCACCUGCGAAGGCUGCAAGGGUUUCUUUCGACGCAGCCAGCAGAACAAUGCCAUGUACUCCUGCUCACGACAGAGGAACUGCCUAAUUGACCGGACCAACCGUAACCGCUGUCAACACUGCCGACUGCAAAAGUGCCUAGCACUGGGCAUGAGCCGCGAUGCUGUGAAGUUUGGUCGUAUGUCCAAAAAGCAGCGUGACAGCCUGUAUGCGGAGGUACAGAAGCAUCAGCAGUCCCAGGAGUGUGCAGGAAAUGGCGCUCGUGAAGAAGGAGGUGAGAUGGCGACACAUGGCCGCACCUACAGCCGUGGCUCUAGUGCCGCGCUUAGUGAUCUGGAUGACAUCACCACACUGCCGGAAGGCCUGCUUUUUGACCUGCCUCUGACCCCCGAGGGUGCAGGCAGAGAAUACUGUAACCUGGAGAUGCUGGGUGGCAGUGCGGGUAGCAGCUCCUCAUCUCAGAGUUCACCCGAACAGACCAGCUUGGACUUUGUAGAUGGCAGCCACCACAUCAAGCACGAGUACCAACUGCUGCACGAUUCUGGACUCUUCUCACAUGCCAUUAUCAACCCACUGCCUGAGGGCUGCUCCCUUCUUGAGAUAGAGCGCAUAACACAGAAUGUGGUGAAGUCCCAUAUUGAGACCAGCCAGUACAGCACAGAGGAGCUUAAGAGGCUGGCAUGGACCCUGUACAGCCCCGAGGAGACACGCUCCUACCAGACCAAGUCUGCAGAGGUGAUGUGGCAACAGUGUGCCAUUCACAUCACCAAUGCAAUCCAGUAUGUGGUAGAAUUUGCCAAGCGCAUCACUGGCUUCAUGGACCUCUGUCAGAAUGAUCAGAUCAUCCUCCUCAAAGCAGGUUGCAUGGACAUUCUUCUUAUCCGUAUGUGUCGAGCGUACAACCCCAUCAACAACACGAUGCUUUUCGAUGGAAAGUUUGCCAGUUCUCAGCUAUUCAAAGCUCUUGGCUGUGAUGACCUUGUGAAUGCAGUCUUUGACUUGGCUAAAAGCCUGAGCCGCAUGCAGCUGUCUGAGGAGGAGAUGGCCCUGUUCAGUGCUGCUGUGCUGCUCUCGCCAGACCGACCUUGGCUGACGGACACCCAAAAGAUACAGAAGCUGCAAGAGAAGAUCUAUGUUGCUCUACAGCGCUGCCUACAAAGAGACAGCUCACAAGAAGAGAAACUGGCUAAGAUGGUAUCCAAACUUCCCGUAAUGAAGUCCAUCUGCAAUCUCCACAUUGACAAACUGGAGUUUUUCCGCCUGGUUCACCCUGAAACAGCAUAUACCUUCCCCCCUCUGUACAGGGAGGUUUUUGGCAGUGAAAUCACCUUUCCAGACUCCACAGAGGGCUAACUCUGUUUAGCAAAAGAGAGUGAUUCAUGUAGAGAAAUUGAGGUUAAGGGAGGGAGAGCGAAAUGUGGCAAACAGCAGAAACAAAACCAACCAGCAGCUCAGUGACAAUCCUGCACGCUACACUUUAGGACACACUCCUCUCACCUCUCAACUCCCACCCUGAUGGAGUAGCUUACACUACCCUUCAAGCCAGGCCAAGUUACUUCACUUUAAUACUAGGUGCUGCAGGGUGCUCAGUGCAUGCUACUUAAUUUAUAGGGACUUUAAAAAAAAGCCUAUAUAAUUUGUAUUAAAACAUAUUUUUCUAUGAGGUGACCCCUAACCUCCCAUCUAGUUGAAUUCCUCUCUAAAAUUAGUGUGACUUUUUUCCCAGUUCUCAGUUCCUGUAAGCUAAUGUUGAAUGUACCCCCUCUACCCUCAACCGUUCAGCACAGCCCAAGGCUUGAUACAGAAUGUACAUACCUCCCUAAUCCUGACCCAUUUUGUGGAGAUGUGCUGUAAUGAUGCCUGUUUUAAUUCUCAUUGUAGUCACAGUGCUUUUUUUUUUCAUUUCAUAUUUUGAUAGCGCCCAUAUUUUGCAGUUUUGUAUCUUACGAGCAAACUGUUUAAAGGGACCAUGAUCAAAUUCAACAUAUAAGCAGGGUUUUUGUUUUGUUUUUUUAACUGUACAAACCAUGGAUAAAGACCCCACGCGUCUGCUACCAUGUAUGUACAAACUCUUGCACACAGCCCUAAGACAUAGCACUUAUGCUGACCUACAUGGGUAUUUUUACCAGCACACCUCCGGACACUGAUUUUUGAGCUCUUUAUUUUUUUAAUGCAAUCAAUGACCUCAAUCCUAUAACCCCCUUCCCUUUGCAAAUGCCACUUAGAAAGAGAAUGAGCGUGAAGAAUCACAGAAGUAUUGUGAAAGUAUUUUCAGAUGUUCCUUUUUUUAUAUAUACAUACGCCUAUAUAAUCAUGUAAGAUGAGAGUAGUUAUGAACUCAUGUGCAGAGUGAGGGGGAGACAUAAUUGAAACGGAAAAAUGGCAAUGUAGUGAUUGUUCUCAGGUCUCUCAAACAGAUACUGCCUGACCAUACCUGGGGGUUCUAGGAUGAAAUGAUUGAACUAACUUAAAAAAAAAUCCAGUGGAUGAUUAGCACUUACCAUGAGUCUUGGUUAGAAUUCAAAAUGAAUUCCCCUGUUCCUAAGACUUUAUGGGUUCAUUCUCGAAAACUGCCGUCUGUGAAAGCUCUCUUUUGAAAGGUCAAAUAUGGGACGCAACCUCCGACUUCAAACAUGCUGUAUAAUCCCUGUCUAAGGAAACUGACUUGUGGGGUAAAGGUUUUACCUGGAAGAGCUUCAGGAACUUUUCUCACCUCAGGCUCCACCUCACAAGUGUGCCUCCAUCCAAAUCUCUGGCACCAUGAGAACCAGUGGGUCCAAGAGAUUUCUGGGACUGCAGACAAGCAUACUGGGAGUAGCUGAAAGAGUUAAUGGCAAAAUGCAAGAGAGCAAAUACACCGAAACAGUUUCCCUUGAUCCCGUCUAACAUGGAUUCAAAGCAAAGACUGGAGAGUGGACUGGUGGAUGGCAGUAUCAUUUAAGCUCCUUAGGCCAUCAUUUGAGGGGGGUAUUUUCUGCCCCCUGUCCCACAGUCAGUGAAGGUGUUCCAAUUUACAAAUUAGGUCCUCUAUUCCUGACCCUGCUCCCUUACUACCUCACCCUCUUUAUACACUACAUGGCACAGCAAAGGGUUGACAGAGCCGUCAGCUACCCCCCUGAGUUGGAAGUAGAGAGCUUGAGCAGAGGAAAUCUUAUCCUUACCUCUUCUUUGACAAAAAGAGACAAUCUUAAAUCAGACCUUGGAUGUCCAUUUCUAUUUAAUAUAUCAUAACCAGUUUUCACUUUGCACUGCUGGAACAGUGCUGCUCUCCAUACUCUAUAUGGUCCUAUAUAGCUAGUAUGAAGGGGAGAUAUGCUUCUUCUGGGUGCUUAGGACAUUGGCAAAGUGGGGAUUGUGCAAUAAUGUCUUUCCCGUUCUUCUCGGUUAGGAGGCCCUUGUUGCCCUGAACGGUUUAUUAGAUUCCAUAAGCACUCCGGCACAGAUGGGAAGUUGACAGUGCAGCAACAAAAGGUGGCACUAUUAAGAUUAACAACCAACCCAGAAAACUUCUACACAGAUCAAAUAUUAACUAACAUUAUCUGAUGAUGGUUUGUAAGGUGGAAGAUGAUUGUAACAAAGUAUAAAUACUUUGUGUCGGAUUGUAGAAUGUUGCAUAUGUUCAUUACAAAUGAAUAUAACGUAAUUUUGCAGACCUCAACUUUCACAAGGAGUCCCAAUUUAAAUGCAUGUUCUAGGGACAGUUUGCUAGGUUUGUGGUAACAUUUCCAUUUAGAGUUACUCAGGGAGAUAGCUGGGCUCUCAGUUCUACAGUGUCUUCGGUUAGAAUAGCGAGACACCUUGCACCAACAUAGAAGACCUUAAAACAUUGAUCACUGUGUACAGUUGAUGUUCUUGUGAAUGUUUGAUCACAAAAGUAUCAAAGAUGUUAUCCCUGUCUAAUAUCACUUUCGCAGGACUUGAGUCUGACUCUUAGAGGAAAUAGGAUCUAAAACGUACAAUGAAAUAUAAAAGAUGGAUUUUAAUCUCUGAAUCUUGUGUUGGUUUUGUCGUGAUAUUUUGUUUCUUCAUUGCUUAUUAUUAUCUGUACUGUCUUCUCAUCAGUUUAGUGUCCUUUUUGUCUCGGAGAGAUGUAAUUCUAUUUUUUUUAAAAGAGCAUUUUUAAAGAUGUCUCCCUAAAGUUUCUCUUUUUGUCAUGAUCCUUGUGUUUUAUCAUAUUUUCAAGUCUAUUUUAAGAGUUUAAUUAUUGAAAUCAAUAUAGAUUUUAAUAAGAAAUAAUUUAUGAUAUGGUAUGGAUAUAAAGCCUAAGAGGUUAUUAACACAGUAAGUGUUAUUGUUGUACAAUGGGGAUACAAUUUGUGGAUUAAAGAAUGUAAUAAAGGUCU